CUUUCUUUUCAUACCCCCUUUCUCUCUCUCUUUCUUUUUAUAUAUAUAUAUAUAUUUUUAUUUAUCAAUUAUGAGUUGGAAGGGUCUUACUAAAGCUGUCAGUCGUUUACCACAUCAGAUCCUUUCCAAGAAAACAGAUGUGACUCAAGAUGCAGAAUAUAUGCAAUUGGAAAAGAAACUGAAUGAUUCAAUUAAAGUGGUAGAAAAACUUCAAAAGGAUGCUCAAUCUUUCCGUGAUAGUAUUGCAGGUAAAAAUAAAAAAAAAUAAUUCUCUUAUAUGAAAAGGGGACUUAUUAUUUAAAAACGACAACACAUAGCUCUUCUUAUGCAUCAAGCUCAAAUGGCGGCGUAUCUGACUAUAAUUUACAGUGCGAAUAUUGGUAUUGAAGUAGAAGAAGGUGAAAUUCAACGUCGAGUACAACAAACACCCGCUGCUGCUGCUCAAGCUGCAAAUGAUGCCGAGGCAGCUAUGGCCUAUUGUCGUGAUGAAAUCUUACCAGAACUUGAUCUAGUGGAUGAUGCAGUAAUACGACCUACUUUGGAAUUGACAGAAAUCAUGAAACAAAUACAAAAAACCAUGGUAAAACGCAAUCACAAGAUGAUCGAUUAUGAUAGACAUAGGGCCAGUCUCAAUAAACUCAAGGUCAAAGAAGAACGUAGCUUCAAUGAAGAAAAGCAAAUUUACAAAGUGGAAGCUCAAUUGGAAACGGCAACUCAAGACUAUGAUUAUUUAAAUGACAUGUUAAAACAACAACUUCCUCAGUUUUUCCAUCUCAAGGCACAAUUCAUUGUCCCAGUAUUUGAACGAUUCUACUUUUUACAGUGUCGCAUUUAUGGUAUGAUUUACGCUCGCUGUCAUGAACUAUUACAUGCCAAUGAACAACACUUUGUCACUUAUGAAAUGGGUAUUGAACAAGGAUUCCAAUGGCGUGAACAACAGUAUAGCGCGCGUUCUGAUUUAGAAAACAUGGACUUGCUGAAAUCCGGUGGAAAAGCCUGGUUAAAAGUGUCAGGUGGAAGCAACAAUAGUAAAUUAUCAUUGAAAGAACGUGCAGAAUUACGGGAACAGGAAGACAAGGCUAUGAUUGGAUACAACUCUCCCUCCAUGGUAGCAGCAACAUCCUCUUCAACUAAUUACAACAACAAUAACAACACAACAACAUCUACUACUAUGAUUUCAUCUCCUCCAGCUUAUGGAUUAGCAUCAUCACAACAAUCUUCAUCAUAUCAAUAUCAACCUUCACCUCAACAGCAGUCUCGUGGUGUACCGCCUCCUCCCCCUUCUACCUCUUUCGGAACUAUCAACAAAAAAUAUGUUGUGGCUUUAUAUGAUUAUGAUGCGCAAGCUGAAGGUGAUUUAUCAUUUCGAAAAGAUGAUAAAAUUGAAUUGGUGGAACGUACAGCAGAUACAAAUGAUUGGUGGACUGGUCGUUUACAUGGUAUCACUGGUAUAUUCCCUGGUAACUAUGUAUCUGAAUUGUGAUUCACCUAUAGAAUUAGAUCAUAUUUUGUUUUCUCAAACCUACCUUCUAUGACUAUUAUUAUUAUUAUUAUUUUGAUGAUCACCCGUCAUUUUGUUUCCUUUUGCCUUUUUUUUUUUUUUUUUUUA